GGCGCAGUAGGAAGCCCGGCGCGGACCUCCGGGCGGAGGUGGCGGGCGCUCUCACUCGCAGCGCGCAACCGGCUCUCGCCCCCCGCCAGGGCUCCGGCCGCCCGGGCCGGGAUGGCGGCGGCGGCGGCCGAGCCCGGCGCCCGCGCCUGGCUUGGCAACGCCUCGCUGCGCCCGGGCAGCCCGGCCUCCAGCCCCAAGCUGGGCGGCGGAGGCCGCGCGCGGCUGGGGCCGGGGUCGGGGUUGGAGCGGGCGGGCGUCAGGCCCCCGGGUCCCGCCACUUCGGGCCACAGCUUCCGGAAGGUGACGCUCACCAAGCCCACCUUCUGCCACCUUUGCUCCGACUUCAUCUGGGGUCUGGCUGGCUUCCUGUGCGACGUCUGCAACUUCAUGUCCCACGAGAAAUGCCUGAAGCAUGUGAAGGCCCCCUGUGCGAGCUUGGCACCCAGCCUGGUCCACGUCCCUGUGGCCCACUGCUUUGGCUCCCGGGGGCUGUACAGGCGCAAGUUCUGUGCUGUGUGCCGCAAGAGUCUGGAGGCACCUGCACUCCGCUGUGAAGUGUGUGAGCUGCACGUUCACCCCGACUGUGUGCCCUUCGCCUGCAGCGACUGCCGCCAGUGCCACCGGGACGGGCACCGGGACCACGGUGCGCACCACCACCAUUGGCGGGAGGGCAACUUGCCCUCCGGCGCGCGCUGCGAGGUCUGCCGGAAGGCGUGCGGCUCCUCCGACGUGCUGGCCGGCGUGCGCUGCGAGUGGUGCGGUGUCCAGGCUCACUCGGUCUGCUCCGCGGCGCUUGCCUCCGAGUGCGCUUUCGGGCGCCUGCGCACAAUGGUCCUGCCCCCCGCAUGCGUGCGCCUGCUGUCCCGCAACUUCAGCAAGAUGCACUGUUUCCGCAUCCCCGAGAGCGCGGCCCCGGAGCCAGGCGAGGGCGACGAUGGCCCCGACGCGAGCGCCCCCGCGGGCCCGGGCAGAGAGGCGCUGGGGCCAGAAUCCGGUAAGCAGACCCUGAAGAUCUUUGACGGCAAUGACUCCUUGCAGCGAAACCACUUCCGUGUUGUCACCGUUCCCCGCCCGGCCAGGAGUGAGGAGGUGCUGGAGGCAGCGCUGCGGGCCUACUAUAUCAUGGAGGAUCCCUGCAACUUCGAGCUGCAGGUGCCCCCCGCAUCAGGACAGGCUGGUGGUACUGGAGCCCAGGGAAAGGCCUGGAGUGGCGGGACUGCGGAGGAGGAGGGCGGCCGAGGUGCCGGGUCCUGUGAGGCCAUGCCCGAGGCCUGGAUUAUCCGCGCUGUGUCCCACACCCAAGAGGUCCUGAAGAUAUAUCCUGCCUGGCUCAAGGUGGGUGUGGCCCAUGUGUCUGUCCGUGUGACCCCGCAGAGCACUGCCCGCACCGUGGUGCUGGAAGUCCUCCCGAUGCUCGGACGCCAGGCUGAGGGCCCCGAGAGCUUCCAGCUGGUGGAGGUACUCAUGGGCAGUAGGCAAGUACAGCGGAUGGUGCUGGAGGACAAGGAGCCCUUGCUCGACCGGCUUCGUGACAUCCGACAGACAUCCCUAUGGCAGAUGAGCCAGACGCGGUUCUACGUGGCUGAGAGCAGGGUCGUGGCCCCACGCAUCUCCCUGUUUGUUGCUGGCCUGCCUCCCGGCCUGUCCUCCCAGGAGUACAGCAGCCUACUGGACGAGGCUGUGGCCACCAAAGCUGGCCUGGUGUCCAUGAGCCACGUCUACUCCUUGCAAGGUGCAGUGGUGCUGGACGUGGCCUGCUUUGCAGAGGCCGAGCGGCUCUACAUGCUGGUCAGAGACACGGCUGUGCACGGUCAGCCGCUGACUGCCCUGGUGCUCCCUGAUGUGCUGCCCAAGAAGCUGCCCCCAGACUGCUGCCCCCUCCUCGUGUUUGUGAACCCCAAGAGCGGAGGCCUCAAGGGCCGUGAGCUGCUCUGCAGUUUUCGGAAGCUGCUGAACCCUCACCAGGUCUUUGAGCUGACCAACGGGGGCCCUCUCCCUGGGUUCCACGUGUUCUCCCAGGUGCCCUGCUUCCGGGUGCUGGUGUGCGGUGGGGAUGGCACUGUGGGCUGGGUGCUCACCGCCCUGGAGGAGAUGCGGCACCGUCUGGCCUGCCCGGAGCCUUCUGUGGCCAUCCUGCCCCUGGGCACAGGCAAUGACCUUGGCCGGGUCCUCCGCUGGGGGGCGGGCUACAGUGGCGAGGACCCCUUCUCUGUGCUGCUGUUGGUGGACGAGGCUGACACUGUGCUCAUGGAUCGCUGGACCAUCCUGCUGGACGCCCACCAGGCCAGCGGUGCAGAUGGUGUAGCCAAUGUGGAGCCCCCCAAGGUUGUGCAGAUGAGUAACUACUGUGGGAUCGGCAUCGAUGCAGAGUUAAGCCUGGACUUCCACCAGGCGCGGGAGGAAGAACCUCGCAAGUUCACGAGCAGGUUCCACAACAAGGGUGUGUACGUGCGGGUGGGGCUGCAGAAAAUCAGCCACUCACGUGGCCUGCACAGGGAGAUUCGGUUGCAGGUGGAGCAGCAGGAGGUGGAGCUGCCCAGCAUCGAGGGCCUCAUCUUCAUCAACAUCCCCAGCUGGGGCUCGGGGGCCGACCUGUGGGGCUCCGACAGUGACUCGAGGUUCGAGAAGCCACGCAUGGAUGAUGGGCUGCUGGAGGUGGUGGGGGUGACGGGCGUCAUGCACAUGGGUCAGGUCCAGGGUGGGCUACGCUCUGGCAUCCGCAUCGCCCAGGGCUCCUACUUCCGUGUCACCCUUCACAAGGCCACACCUGUGCAGGUGGAUGGUGAGCCCUGGGUCCAGGCACCUGGGCACAUGAUCAUCUCGGCGGCAGGCCCAAAGGUCCACAUGCUCAGGAAGGCCAAGCCGAAGCCCAGGAAGGCCGGGACUCCAAAGGAUGCCUGAGCAGAUGGAGGGCCUGCCCCCGAGGGGGACCCGAACUAGAGAGGCUCUGGGGCAGUCUGCCCCCGUCCUACAGCAGUGGCUGGCCGCUGGAUGGACUCGCCUGCAGCCCUGACCUCAGGCUGUUUCUCCCUCCACAUCCCUGGGCUACACCAAAACUGCUUUGGGUGGGGGGCAGGUGUUUCCCUCUUGCCUCCACACUACUGACAGGCUGAGCACAGGGCUCUGGGUGGCCAACCCUUUUGCCUUCUGGAGCCCAGGCCACUGUCCUUGGGGGCAGGCGUUCUCCCUGUGUAUCCCCCCUGCCACCUCUGAGCCCCCAAGCGGGGUGACACUGAGCCUUGGGCAGGCCCCCUGAACACUCCUUCAGGGUCCUGGGUGUGCCCAGCAGACAGGGCACCUGCUGCCAGGUCCUCCGGCCCCACUUCACCAGAGGGCUGGGUGGGGCACACACUGACUUGGGAGUAGGUGCCUUCUCCCCUGGCCUGGUCCCUGCAGACAGGCAGCACUUUGGGGAGGAGGGCCCUGAGGAGGCCAGGUGGGCGUGGCCAACUUCCUGAAAAUGGAGAGAGGUGCUCAGGCGGGGGCGGGCUCAGCCGGGAGGGACUGGGACAUCCGUGCACGGCUAGGCCCAGGAAGUCUAGGGGAAGUUGAGGGAGGUGAAGUGAGAAGUUGGCUCCUGUAAUCAUGUCCUGUCAACAGCGUGCCUGUCCGCAGGUCUGUUCAGCGGAGAGGUCUUCUGUGGUGUCUCUGCUUCUCCGUGGGGGCACUGAUGGCCGCACCGUCCACUGAGCCUGGGGGCACACAGCCCGAGUCACGUCGGACUGCAGGAGCCUGACCAAAAAUUAAUCUGCCCAGGCAGUCCCCUGAGCUCCAAGGGGCCCAUGGCUCACACCUCCGCAGCUGUCCCAGCACGCUGCCACUGGCACCCCUGGCCCUAGCUCUGCCCUGAGAUGCGACCUCCACCUCAGACAUGGCCCUGCCAAGACCUGUGCCCCCCAAGCUUCGGCCAAAACCAAACACACAUUUGUACGGGGACAACUGUUUAUGGCAAAACAUCCUUGUCAUCCCUCCAGCGCACAGAUGUCCAUCCCCCUGUUCCUGUGCCCGGUGGCGUGAUUAGAUUUUAUUUCGUUGGUUUCGGUCUGUGGGAGUUGUCUGUAAAUGUUAUGGUGUGACCCUGCCCUGUGUGAGUCUGUGUCAGUGCCCUUCUGUGGAGCCCACCGCCACCUGGCCGUGACGUGUGUUGGACAGAUACUGAGGCACCUGGGUUCUGCUGCCUCUGCGCCUACUGACUGGCAGGAGGCAAGGCCUGGCAGUUCAGCCAGAGGGCUUUGCGUGUGGAGGGGACUGGGCUCAGGCAGUUCAGCCCAUCAGGGGAGUGGCUGGGCUCCCUGUGGGAGUCUUAGAGCAACAUGCGUGUCCCUGCCCCCCACAGGCCUAGGCUGUGGGUUUUCAGGGGGCCAGCUGUCCCUGGAACCACUGACUGGAGUCCCAAUGGGGCUCACCUUAGCUGGAUGGAGACAGCAUGGGCCAGCAAGGAGCUGGGCAUGUAAAAAAUGCCAAGUGAAGCUCCUGUCAAACUCCUUUUGACAAGAGUGAGAAACCUCUGAAGCUGAAUGUGAAGUCACCUGAUGGAAAUAACAGCCUGAACCCGGGCACUUGGCUGGCAGCCGAACCUCAGGCCAGGCAGGUAGGCCUCAUUCUAGCAGGAAGCAGGGAGGAGUGGGGACUGUGCGCCAUGGUUGCUGCGGUCCGUGGGCAGGGCAAGGGCCCACAGAGCCUGCAGGAGCGCCAGGGCCAGGCGCACGAGCAGGCGCAGCAGCAGGAAGCCAAAGGGCACGGCGAUCUGCAUGAGGUGGAAGAUGGCUGUGCUGAACCUGCUUAGGAAGCAGGUGGAGACGAAGGCCAGCAGGCUGGCGCAUGGGUACAGCGCAAGUUUGGCAAACAUGAACGCGUGCUCCUGGCCUCCGAAUCGCACCGAGGGCUGCAGUGUCUCCCCCUCGUGCAGCAGGGCUGUAGUCCAGAUGGCAAACUGGAAGAUGCUGGCGAAGAAGAUGAUGGCGCAGCUGAUGCGCACGCUUUCGAGCUCGUCUCGGGGCUGCUGGGCGAAGGCUGAGGUCUGCUGGUACGCCAGCGGGAGGCCACCCACGAAGGCCAGCGAGAGCGUGUUCAGCAGCCCCAUGGACUGUGUGGCCUUGCGGAUGUGUAGGAAGAGUGAGUGGUGGGCAAACCAGAGCAGGCCCACUGUGGCGAAGGAGCCAAAGUAGGCCAGGAAGUGUGGCCCGUACGUACUCAGCGCUGCCACCAGGCUGCCGUGGAACUUCUCCCUCACGUCCUUGGAGUCUGGGACGUUGUCCUCGCUGAGGAUCAUAAACAGCGGCAUUUUAAGGCGCCUCGCCUAGGACAUUUACCAGCCUGAGCCCUGAUGAUGGCUGCCUGGCACACCUGAACUUCAGAUGGUUGACGUGGAUUCUGCACACUGUUUUCAUUUGACUAUUUGUAUACACAGAGCACUAAACAAUUAUGUGUCACUCA